AUGCACUGCCUCGCGCACCCAGAUGGAGAGCUUGCCACGUCGAGAACAGCGUCGAAGAUGGGAAUACCGAUGGCGUUAUCGUCGUACGCUACAACAUCAUUGGAAGAUGUCAUUGCACAGGGUGGUGAGAACCCGUACAUGAUGCAGAUGUGUAUUGUGAAGGAUCGAAACAUUACCACGCAAUUACUCAAGAGAGCAGAGAGUUGCGGAUACCGAGCGCUCUUCCUUUCGGUUGAUGUGCCCCUCCUCGGCCGCCGAUUAGGCGAAAUGCGUACGAAUUUCACAUUACCCGAGGGCAUGUCGUUUCCCAAUUUGUUAUGGAAAGGGUUCGACGAAUUCGGUGCGCCAGAUGGCAAAGACAACGGGCCUCAAGCUUUUGAUGACACCAUUGAGUGGGACGAGAUCAUCCCUUGGUUGAAGAAGAACACCAAGAUGCAGAUCUGGCUAAAGGGCGUCUCUUCGCCAGAAGAUGUUGAGCAAGCGAUAGCGGCAGGCGUAGAUGGAAUUGUCAUCUCGAAUCAUGGCGGGCGCCAGCUAGACGGCGUUCCUGCUACCCUUGACUCCCUGCGACAGUGUGCACCAAUCGCAAAGGCCCAUAUCCAAGUUGCGGUAGAUGGCGGGAUAAGAAGAGGGUCUGAUAUCUUCAAAGCCAUUGCCCUUGGCGCUGACUUUUGCUUUCUUGGAAGGAUCGCUAUUUGGGGGCUUGCUUACAAAGGCCAAGAAGGUGUUGAGCUUGCCAUCAAAAUCCUUUUUGAAGAAUUCAAGUCGACAAUGGCACUAGCUGGGUGUCGAUCGGUGAAGGAGGUUACUCCUAAUCAUUUGAGCGUUCUAGAGCACAACGGUGUUCUAGCAAAAUUGUAA